UAUUAAUAGUAUCGGGAACAAAUUCAUCAGAGGGACAGCAGAGACUGAAGCUUUUGAGAAACUUUAAAGGGUUAGGUUGCAAUGGAUAGGAUAAGUCUCUUGUCAGAUGACUUGCUCUUGAAGAUACUGUCUUCGCUUACAUCUAAAGAUGCCGUGACCACAAGCCUUUUGUCAAAACGUUGGUGUUCACUUUGGAAGUUUACUCCCAGGCUUGUUUAUUUGGAUCUAAUGUAUAAGGAUCCAAACACUGUGUAUUGGAAAGCUUCACGUUUUGUUGACAAGUUUUUGCUACUACACAAGGCUCCUGUCCUAGAAUCUGUGUUACUCAUAGUUGAUCGAAAUUGCUGUCCUACGGAUAUUGAAACAUGGAUUAGUGUUGCAAGUUCUCGUGUGUUGCGCAACCUUUACUGUUGCCGAUAUAGACCUGGUUCAGAGCCCAUACGGUUGCCUAGGGACUUGUAUACAUGUGCAACCCUUGUGAGUUUAAACCUACAAGCAGAGUUCAUUCUGGAUUAUGUUCCUUUGACAACUUGUUUCCCAUCACUCAAGGUUUUGAUCCUUUAUCUUGUGAAAUUCUCAAGCGAAGAGAUUGCCGGUAGAUUUUUUUCUGGUUGCCCUGUCCUUGAAGAUCUGAGACUGGUUCGAGGCACCAAUGACAACUUGAAAACUUUCACUAUCGCAGUUCCUUCAUUGCGGAGAUUAUCUAUCAUAGACUUGAACUGUGGUUCUCAUUUUCCGGGAGAUGAUGUUGGUUUUGUUAUCAACGCUCCUUCUUUAAAGUCGUUAACGAUUGCUAACCAGUUUACUUGGUGCUAUUCAUUAGUGAAAAUGCCUUACCUCGUAAAGGCCGAUAUCAAGCUUCGACAAGGUGAUUCUAAGAUGUUUGAGGGAUGGCUUAUCUCAGCCAAACACGUUUCCUUGUGUUUACAUCCACCGACGGAUUCAUGUCCUCUAGGCGUUUUCAGUCAGCUAGUAUCUCUAAAUCUUUGUACAUGCUCUUUAGAUUGGUUUCGUCUUAUACUCAACCAUACACCUAAACUCCGAGUUCUCAGAUUCGAAUUAAAACAAGUUAGAUUGCAUUCAAAGGUAAAACCUCUCCAGAAAUGUUACAGCAGUUCUGUAGAUGUCCAAACUCAAUGGGAGCAGCCGAGUUCUGUUCCUCAAUGUUUGGCUUCGAGUCUUGAAACUGUUGAGUGGAUUGAUUACAAAGGAACACAAGCAGAGAAAAAAGUGGCGAUGUAUUUGCUAGAGAACUCUGGACAGCUAAAGAAAAUGCGUAUUAGACCCUCGAAAUCGACCAAUGAUAGCGAGAAGCUCAAGAUGCUGCAAGAGCUAUCGUCUACGCCGAGGAGUUCUAGCAAAUGUCGGCUUUCGUUCAUCUGA